AAUUAGACAUGAAAGAAACCGCAGAAGAAAUUAAUUACACUCUUUGUUUUGCAGUCAGCAUGUAAGUACGCACGUUACUCUACAUAAGAACGCGAUGAAUGUGCCUAUUUAAGUUCCGAACGUAAACUAACUGAAAUCAAUCUGGAAUAUCUUCAUUAUCAUUGGUUUUAAUUGAUAAGUAUUUCUCUUCUAUAGAUUAUGACGUGUUUGAUUAUGCGUUAUAUCUUCGAGGUUAAUAGUCAGUUAUUAAGUUAAUUUUAAGUUCGACUUGUUUGGAUUCAUAGAGCAAGGCAUCGUCGUAGUCGUGACUCAACUAGCAAAGAGUACGAAUGAUUUAUACUUUAAGAAAUCGAUCUCAGUGGUUGUUACGUGUGUAGUAUUUCUAAAAAUUGUUUACACCUUGAGUUCAGUAUUUCUUUGAAUGAUUCUGUCAUCAAGUUUUCUGGAAGAAUCUGAGAAUGAUUAAAACGUUUAUUCAUUCGAAACCGAUUUGUUUGCGUCAAUUCUAGUUCUACGAAUUGGAACAAGGAUAAUUAAAGCCAUCGAAAAAUGGAUAUAGAAGAGAGAAUCGUUCGCAAGCGCACUUUUCGAAGCUUUCUGCAACGCAUACCGCAGCGUUUGUCAGAAGUGGUAGAACAUUUUUUCUACGGGCUCGGGUUGCGAAUUUCUCGCCGACCGUUGAAAUGGAUAAUUGGAAGUACUGUGAUAGUAUUAAUUUCCCUUUCUGGUUUAUAUUUUUUUCAUCAAGAAAAGAAUCCUGUGAAAUUAUGGGUUCCGCAGGAUUCUGAUUUUGUUCGUGAUACAGAGUGGAUGUUUAAACAAUUUGAACAGGGUUUAAGGAUAGAAAAUAUGAUAUUAACUGCUGAUAACGUAUUAGAACCAAAAGUUCUUACAAAGCUGAAUGAAAUAACGAAAGAAGUUAUUUCUGUUCAAACUCCUGAUCAAAUUGCAUGGACAGAUGUUUGUUUCAAAGUACCUGUUAUAUCAGGUAUUGUGCAUAGAAACAAACGCAGCGAUCAGCUUGAUGAUGAUUUUUUUGACAUUGAACCAGAGACACAAAUUAAUAACACUGUAUUUGAACCUGCAGUUCAUGCUAGUCCUAAGCUUUAUUGUAAUAUAAUAAAUAACUUGCCAAAAGCUUGCCUUGUAAAUAGUAUUUUGGAUAUAUGGGAAUAUGAUGCCAAUAUAAUCCUACAUAAAUCUAAAGAAGAUAUUAUUAAAGAUGUACAUAAAACAAAAAUUAGUCCUACUUUGGGCCAUCCACUAAACUUUACAGAAUUAUUGGGUGGCAUAGUAAGAGAUGAAGAGGGUAGAAUUAUCUCAGCCACAGCUGUAAAAACACAAUGGGCAGUUAAUGUAAAUUUUUCAAAAGUGGAUAUGAAUAAUUUUGGCAACGAUAUUGGAACAGCUGAUUGGGCAACAGAUGACGUAUUACAGUGGGAAUUAUCCUACUUGGAUGUAUUGCACAAGAAUGCAAGGAUCUUAAAGAAUGAAAAUAAUGUAAAUAAUACAUUAGCUAUCUGGUAUGAAGCUGGCAGAAGUUUCGGCGAUGUUACUUUUGUAACAAUGUUUGGAAAUAUUGGUAUAUUAUCAAUAGGAUUCAUUUUAAUGUUUUUUUACGUUCUAGUCAUAUUCUCGGAUUAUACAUGGGUGGGAUGGAGAGUAUAUCUUACAAUUGUUGGUCUUUUGUGUGUGGGUGGCGCCUUUAUUACUUCAAUCAGUAUAUGUUCUGUUCUUGGAAUUGCAUAUGGCCCUGUGCAUACUUCUUUACCUUUUAUGUUGUUGGCUCUCGGAAUAGACGAUAAUUUUUUAAUAAUGGCGUCUUGGAAAGAAAUACAUACACACAAGUUGAAUCGAAAUAAGCCAUUAGAAGAAAGAAUAGCUUUAAUGUUAGGACACGCAGGCUCUGCUAUUAUUAUUACUUCUCUUACUGACGUUGUUGCUUUUAUUAUUGGUGCAUCUACAAUAUUGCCAUCUCUUCAAUCAUUCUGUAUUUACGCGGCAGUUGGAGUACUACUGACGUUUUUAUUUCAAAUCACGUUUUACGUUGCCUUUUUCUCCAUCGAUGCUCGACGAAUUGAAAAUAAAAGAAAUUCGAUAUUGCCUUGCAUCGUUCAUGAAAACUUUGAACAGAAAUUAAUCAGUCCGCAAGAAGAAUUUUCCGCCAAGUUGAUAAAUAAAUUAUAUUCAAAUGUAGUUUUGACAAAACUUGGAAAAAUAAUGAUAGUAUUAAUAACAAUAGUUGCAACAUCGUUUGGAAUUAUGGGUACAUUAAAGUUGGAGCAAUGGUUCGAUCCAGAUUGGUUUAUACCAAGCCAUUCAUACCUAAGCAAAUAUAUUGAUGUACGACACACUGAAUAUCCCGAACAAGGUUACGAGGCAAUGAUUCUUAUGGGAGAUUUCAACUAUACCGCCGAGUUUCCAAAGUUGAUAAGAUUAGUGGAACGAUUUGAAAAUUUAUCAACGAUACAAAGUAUACAUCCAUGGCCCAAUGAUUUUGCCAAAUUUGUCUCGGAAUAUUUUCAAAAAGAUUUGAGGAAUGUGACAUUAGAGGAUGCGGAAUUCCGGAAAUAUUUGUCCAAGUUCCUAUUUAGUCGAAAUGGAGGCAAAUAUCAACGGAACUUCCGCUUCAAAGAGAGCUUAACGUGCGGCGAAGAUACUGCACCGAUUCUAGUAGCUACUGUAGAUUUUACCUUUAGACGAUUCUAUAGUCCUCAUCAGUGGAUCCCAGCAAUGGAUGAAAGUAAACAGAUGACACAUGAUGCCGGAGUCGAUGGUUUCAUUACAGUCUGGAGCGAAGUAUUCAGCUUAUGGGUCACUGAUAAAUUAAUUGCUCAAGAAGUGCAGCGUAAUGUUUUCUUGGCUCUGAUUUGUGUUAUGGGCAUGACAGGGUUGUUAAUCGCUGAGCUGCAGACAUGCUUCUGGAUCUUCUUAUGCGUACUUCUUACACUUUUAAAUGUUUGUGGAUUCAUGUAUUUUUGGGGUUUGACGAUAGAUAUUUCAUCUUGUAUUGGUUUAGAAUUGGGCAUUGGAUUAUGUGUGGACUACGCAGCUCAUGUUGCACACGCGUUUAUCAAUGCUGCAUGCGUAAGCGAAAAUGAAGAUCGUACAAAGAGAGCACAUGUCGCUGUUAGGUACAUUGGAGCAGCGGUUGUAUAUGGUGCUGGUUCAACGUUACUUGCACUUUCCAUGAUGAUAUUUUCGGACAGUUAUGUGUUUCAUUUGUUUCUGAAGAUUUUUGUUUUGGUAAUAUUAUUUGGCCUCUGGCACGGAUUGUUUCUUCUACCUGUGAUAUUAAGCACGAUUGGGCCAGGAAGUCUACGAUCACGCAAAAAACCGGAAUCUCCUGAGAAAGUGGAGGAUGCAGGCGACACUAUUACUAGUCCUUUGAAUAAAGAAACGGAGAGUUAAACAUUACGCCUAAGAGAUGAUUCUUUAUCAAUAAUAUUUAUUUUUGGUUCAAUAAACAUACAAAAUUAUUA